AUGGGUACCUCGUUAGCGAAAGAUGCCCGAGCACUACAACGCCAGAUCUCUACCUUGCACGCAGACUCGGAAGCCACACUGAUCACAUACUCCAAGCUACUGCACAAGUACCCCGAAGACCGUCGCGCCUUGCUCGGACUGCUCGACGCGACCGCACACAGCAUCAUCGAGGGGUGGAGGCUACGAGCGCUGGAUGACCACACGAACGCACGAGGAGCCUUCAAUAGCCUGGAGAAGGGUCGGUGGGUAGAAUUCGGCUGGCUUGAACUUGACAUCGCCUUCGCAUCGGUCUGGAUCGACAAACCAACCUUUCUAGUUCAACUGCGAGCGCUGCACGACAAGACCAAGCUCAACUGGAACACAGCUGUUGGCCUCAUCGCAACUGCUAAGGGCAACGCUCGCGACGUCAAACCAAAACACAUCAAGCACGUACUAGAAGAAGCACAAGCAACCGAGAAAAGCGUAACAGUCACGCACAGGAAGACGGCUGUUCACGGUGAUCAGAGAGAAGUGUACGGGCCUGCGACUGGCGACUGGGAGGAGCAAGAAAGCAGUGCAGAGCUGGACGAAGACGAAGACGUAACGCUCGUAGAACACGACCCCCCGACGCAGAAGAGCCCUGAUCACCCACCCAUCACCCAGUCUGAUCCCCCAAGCUGGGGCGACGACGACACGUGCUUAGACGACGGCAUUCCCCCGGUAGAAGAGAUAGAGCGCCAGCAUCUCGACAAGCAGCGCAUCGAAGCGCAACAGCUCGACGGAACGCGCCUGAACACGAUGGCUACAAGCAAUGCCGGAAGCGUACAGCCCGAGGAUCGGGUCGAAACCGUGAGACGGUGGAAGCAAGAGCUCGAGGACAGUCGCGCGAAGGCGAGACAGUCUCGAGAAGCAAAUGUCGCUGCCGGAGUAUACCUCGAGGAGAUUGCCGAUAUGACGAAUCUCAACGCUCGCAAAAGGGUCGCGCGUGUGGCGUUCGGUAUCCCAGAUGAUGACAGCCAGGUGGAUGAUCAAGCCGCUCGAAAGACUGUGGCGGAUGCGACGGCCGAGCUGGAACGGACAUCGAGCGCGUGGAAGGCCGAUCGAGAGGACACUGCACGGAGAGAAGCAGAGUUUAUCGAGAUCACGCGUGUGAUCCUGGAAGGGGCAUGA